GUCAUGUGACCGGUUAGAAGAGUUAGUGAUAUCCAGUUCGUUUGGUAUGUCCCGGUUGUACUACAGACCCAGUACGAACGUACUUGCGGACGUGUUUUCAAAGUCACUUAAGAGAUUAGAUCUAACUAAAUGGGAUAUUACUUAUGAAGUGAUGGACGAAGUUUUGAAGCAGUUUCCAAGUGGACUGCAGUAUUUAGCGUGUCAUAGCUAUGAUUUUUCACGUAGUCCAGAGAAAGUAAAGAAGAAAUAUGCCGACAUGUUGCAGAAAAAAGACUUUAUUGUCGAAAGUCUUAGAGUAGAUUCACAAAAAGAAGGAUCCAGAUGGACUCGUCCUAUUUACAAGAUCGUCAUUGAAUUCGGGAACAAUGCCUGUGACAAACAGAAAUUAACAGAUAAAUUGAUAACUAAUUGA